GAGUUUUAGAGUAUAUAUAGCCGUGCAAAACCUGAGGUUUGCAUUCGACUCUUGAGUUUCCUUCCUCCUUCAUAGCGAGUGUGGUCCUCUCUCGAGCAGUUUAUCCAACCCACCAAGAUGUCUUACCAACAGCAACAGUGUAAGCAGCCCUGCCAGCCUCCUCCUCAGUGCCAGAAGACUUGCCCCACACCGGUCUGCCCCCCUCAAGUGUGUCCACCGAAACCUUGCCCCCCUCAAGAUUGUCUUCCUGACCCCUGCCCUCCCAGACCCUGCUCUCCUCAAAGAUGUGUCCCCAAACCUUGUCCCCCUCAAGAUUGUCUUCCUGACCCCUGUCCCCCCAGACCCUGCUCUCCUCAAAGUUGUCUUCCCAAACCCUGCCCCCCUGAAGACCAGCAAAGCUGCCGUCCCUCCCAACGUCCGAAACGUUGUUGAGAUGCCUUCAACCGGAGGAUGGGUGAAAGAAGGAAGACGCAGUUGGGGCUUUUGUGGAUCUUUUAACGCUUGGAUGAACUUCUUUCUAACUGACUUGGUGACUCCAUGACUCUGUCUGCUCCUCAUGGCAUCUGAUCCUGCCCGCCUGUGGUCAAAACACCACAAAUGUUUUGGGUCGCUGCUUGGGACUGACGGCCAACCUGGUUGGUGACGAAAGCUUGCAUGUCCUCUCCUGACAUCGCUGAGAACUCGAGAUGGUAAAUCUGGACGGGCAGCUGGAAGUUCUGGAGAACUUCUGACUGAGAGGGUUUCCCAACAUACAUUCCAGGAGGCGUUUCGGAGUGUUGCACCCGGUGUUUUGCUAAAUAGUAUUCCUUUGUGUUCUCGAUCUAUCUGUUCCCUUUCGGUGGCUGAGAGCUAUAAUUAAAGCAUGCAUGACGUAGAUCAAA